AAUACGUAAUUUCAUAUGACCCCAAAGAAUUUGGUAAAAAGCCAUUGCGACCAUUUCCUGAAAAAGGAAAAGUUUACUGGUUUUUCUUACAUAAAAUUAUGGGUAGUGGCAAAAAUAGCCAGCAUG